GUCAAUUUUUAUUGCAAAUACCAUAUUUGAAAAAUAUUUUUUGCUAGCAAAUAACGCAAUUGCAAACCGAAAGUCUCCUUCUACAGCAGUACAUGUAUGCAUUGCCUUUGAACUUACUGACAAGUAAGAAUUGAAAAUAAUUAUUAAACCAAAUUGUAUUUAACAUUUUCUUUGGUGCCAGGCCACUUUGUCGAAAACAUACGACAAAUAAAACGAUAACGAUAACAUAAAUUUGAUGCUAAAGGCAAAAUGUUUUUAUUUUAAUUAUUAUUAUUUGCAACACUAUGGUAAGGUAAGGCAGUUCACACCACAUAAGGCCGCCUACACACUAUGGUAAUGUAAGGCAGUUCACACCACAUAAGGCCGCCUCCACACUAUGCAAUAUAUAUAAUAUAAUUUAUGCACUUUUUCUCGCCACCCAAUCAGUUAUUCAAAACCAAACAACACAAAAUCGUCAACAGAUUAAUUUCAGGAAGAUGACUCGCUACAGUAGCCUGAAGAAAACCGCGGUGCUACACCCGAACCGUUACCCGCUUUCUUGCACGCUGUGCAAGGGAAAACAUCCAUUGCGGCUCUGCUCGUCCUUCCGGGCCAAGACACCGGAGGAGCGCCUACGGGAAGCUCUCAUAGGCAAAUAUUGUGUUAAUUGCCUUGCGAUAAACCACAGGUCAGCAAAUUGCCCCAGCGACGCACGGUGCCGGCGCUGCAACGAAAAGCACCACACGAUGCUCCACAUCGGAGAUAAUCCCCGUCGUCGCCCCACAGUGCCUCAAAACCCGUCGUGGAGCGAACAAAUGAGCUCCGACGAUGCUCUAUCCAUCUAUGCGUCGGACGCUGGAACGGAGACUAGGCCUCUCCAACCAGCACCGGAGGAAGAAUUAUUGGAAACUGGAGCGGAAACACGGCCUUUCCGCCCAUCACAGCGAGGGGAAACGGAAACCCGGACUUUCCGCCCCCUUCUGCGACAUGAACGUCGCUCCCACCAACGCCGUCUGCACCGUCGCCAAGCGCACAACCCGGCAAGACUGGAGACCAGGUCUCUCCAGCUUCACCGGGCUAGCUCCUUUAGAGCCGGGCUAGCGGAUCGAGCCAGCAUAGCGACUCCUUCUUUGCUGCCAACGACAGCCGUUCUACCGACGGCUGUGGUAAAGAUUGAGGCAAGGGGACGUCUACACUUGGUCAGGGCUCUGAUAGAUGCAUGCGCCCCUACGUCGCUGAUUGCACACGACCUUGCAAGGGAACUCCAACUUGUGCAGGCCCAUAUCGGUGGUCAACGCGGCUGCCUCGUAGUACUGCGAGGCAGACAUGGGACAAAUACCCGAAUAUCGACACAUGUGAGGGUAAUGAAUGAUUAUAUGCGCAUCAGCCCGACCACUACGUUGGACUCGGCCAUAGCAGCUCCAUACGCUCACAUCAAACUGGCGGAUCCGAACUUCCACAAGUCAUCGCCGAUACGCCUGGUGCUCGGCGCGGAUGUCUACUCACGCAUUAUGACACAACAGGUCAUGCCACUGACGUUUGGGCAGCUCCUCGCUCAGGGCUCCAUAUUCGGUUGGGUGCUUUCGGGUACGACCCGUUACUAAGUUAAGUCAUGGCUGUCAUUUUUUCGUAUUUUUAAAAUAAUUAUAAGAAAUAAAUGAAUUUACAACAUAUUUUCUAUAUUUAUACAUAGCUACUAAGAUUAUACAUUUGUAUAUCGUUAUGGUGGUCGAUGGACAUUUAAUUUUUUUUUUUUUUUGCUGCUCACCGCAAGGGGGCCGGUAUGUUUAGGCCAGCGCCUAAUUUCUUUUUACCACCCCCUAGUGAGUGCAUAACAAACCAUUGCCAGUUAGCUGUUGAUAGUUUUCACUCAACUGUUAACAGCUUUCACUCAACUGGCAAUGGUUUCGUUAAAAACUCCCACUUAGCAAGCGAUUCUGCUAGUGAGGCUAAAAUACUUCUGUUUAGAGAGCGAAGCGAACCAAGACGUUUUUUCCACCGGCCACCACAACAAGCAUCACCACAACCAUAAAUGUAAGUAUUUUUUGGUAAUCAAAAAUUAAUAAAAUAAAAUUUAAAACAUUUUAAUGUGCUAUAUGAAACACAAACUUUGUGGUUUUAUUCACUAAUUCUGUUUUCCCGUUUUUUUUCAUAUUCUCAACGAUCGACGCAUCGUCCGCAACUGAUUCGUCGACCGUACGAGAUAUAUUCAUGGUCCUUCGAGCCGGAUUAAAACAAAUAUAUUUUUCAAAGUAUUUUUUGGUAAUCAAAAAUUAAUAAAAUAAAAUUUAAAACAUUUUAAUGUGCUAUAUGAAACACAAACUUUGUGGUUUUAUUCACUAAUUCUGUUUUCCCGUUUUUUUCAUAUUCUCAACGAUCGACGCAUCGUCCGCAACUGAUUCGUCGACCGUACGAAAAAUAUAUUCAUGGUCCUUCGAGCCGGAUUAAAACAAAUAUAUUUUUCAAACAAGUUUUUGGCACUGUACACCAGCGGACAAUUAACACCGAUCUCUGUUGCACAAACACAAGCGAGGCGCUGCACACCAACGGACAAUUAACACCGAUUCUUGUUGCACAAAUACAAACGAGGCGCUGCACACCAACGGACAAUUAACACCGAUUCUUGUUUCACUUCACAGCAACGCAGGCAAACCAGAUUAAUUUCAGGAAGAUGACUCGCUACAGUAGCCUGAAGAAAACCGCGGUGCUACACCCGAACCGUUACCCGCUUUCUUGCACGCUGUGCAAGGGAAAACAUCCAUUGCGGCUCUGCUCGUCCUUCCGGGCCAAGACACCGGAGGAGCGCCUACGGGAAGCUCUCAUAGGCAAAUAUUGUGUUAAUUGCCUUGCGAUAAACCACAGGUCAGCAAAUUGCCCCAGCGACGCACGGUGCCGGCGCUGCAACGAAAAGCACCACACGACGCUCCACAUCGGAGAUAAUCCCCGUCGUCGCCCCACAGUGCCUCAAAACCCGUCGUGGAGCGAACAAAUGAGCUCCGACGAUGCUCUAUCCAUCUAUGCGUCGGACGCUGGAACGGAGACUAGGCCUCUCCAACCAGCACCGGAGGAAGAAUUAUUGGAAACUGGAGCGGAAACACGGCCUUUCCGCCCAUCACAGCGAGGGGAAACGGAAACCCGGACUUUCCGCCCCCUUCUGCGACAUGAACGUCGCUCCCACCAACGCCGUCUGCACCGUCGCCAAGCGCACAACCCGGCAAGACUGGAGACCAGGUCUCUCCAGCUUCACCGGGCUAGCUCCUUUAGAGCCGGGCUAGCGGAUCGAGCCAGCAUAGCGACUCCUUCUUUGCUGCCAACGACAGCCGUUCUACCGACGGCUGUGGUAAAGAUUGAGGCAAGGGGACGUCUACACUUGGUCAGGGCUCUGAUAGAUGCAUGCGCCCCUACGUCGCUGAUUGCACACGACCUUGCAAGGGAACUCCAACUUGUGCAGGCCCAUAUCGGUGGUCAACGCGGCUGCCUCGUAGUACUGCGAGGCAGACAUGGGACAAAUACCCGAAUAUCGACACAUGUGAGGGUAAUGAAUGAUUAUAUGCGCAUCAGCCCGACCACUACGUUGGACUCGGCCAUAGCAGCUCCAUACGCUCACAUCAAACUGGCGGAUCCGAACUUCCACAAGUCAUCGCCGAUACGCCUGGUGCUCGGCGCGGAUGUCUACUCACGCAUUAUGACACAACAGGUCAUGCCACUGACGUUUGGGCAGCUCCUCGCUCAGGGCUCCAUAUUCGGUUGGGUGCUUUCGGGUAGGACCCGUUACUAAGUUAAGUCAUGGCUGUCAUUUUUUCGUAUUUUUAAAAUAAUUAUAAGAAAUAAAUGAAUUUACAACAUAUUUUCUAUAUUUAUACAUAGCUACUAAGAUUAUACAUUUGUAUAUCGUUAUGGUGGUCGAUGGACAUUUAAUUUUUUUUUUUUUUUUGUUGCUCACCGCAAGGGGGCCGGUAUGUUUAGGCCAGCGCCUAAUUUCUUUUUACCACCCCCUAGUGAGUGCAUAACAAACCAUUGCCAGUUAGCUGUUGAUAGUUUUCACUCAACUGUUAACAGCUUUCACUCAACUGGCAAUGGUUUCGUUAAAAACUCCCACUCAGCAAGCGAUUCUGCUAGUGAGGCAAAAAUACUUCUGUUUAGAGAGCGAAGCGAACCAAGACGUUUUUUCCACCGGCCACCACAACAAGCAUCACCACAACCAUAAAUGUAAGUAUUUUUUGGUAAUCAAAAAUUAAUAAAAUAAAAUUUAAAACAUUUUAAUGUGCUAUAUGAAACACAAACUUUGUGGUUUUAUUCACUAAUUCUGUUUUCCCGUUUUUUUCAUAUUCUCAACGAUCGACGCAUCGUCCGCAACUGAUUCGUCGACCGUACGAGAUAUAUUCACUUAUUACUAAAGAUGCUUUGGCAUUACAUUAAGUGAUGAAAUGCCAGAGCAUUGGAUUUCCAAUUAUUCUCAUUAUCAAAACAAAUAAUGGAAUAUUGGAUUUUGCUUACUUAUCAAAACAAGUGAUAUAUUGAUUUCUUAUUAAUUAAAGUAUUCUGCUGACCAAGCAGUAAUACUGCGAGAAGAUACAAUUUGUUUACAUUUAUCGUUAAGUAUCUGUGUGGCUGCUGCCGUUAACUUGCAUAAGAAAAGCCACACUCAAAAUAAUGUUUUCCACAACAACUGGUUAUUUACCGAUGCUACAAAAUCGAAUAUCGCAACAGCCUUCGCCAUCGUCGACAUUAACAACACUAUAAUUUCAAGAGGCCUCCUUCCUGACUAUUAUUCCAUAUUCACCGCCGAGGCUUUAGCCAUACUAAAGGCAUGCUCGUUUGCACGGAACAACACAGGAAAAUACGUAAUAUGUUCUGACAGUCUAUCAACAAUUUCUGCCGUAAAAAAUCUAAACUGUCAUAACAACUUAAUUGUUCAAAUUCGGAGUAUAAUUGUUGCAAAAAAAAAUUUUUCUCUUCUGGGUGCCAAGUCAUCAAGGAAUUAUGGGAAACGAACUUGCAGAUAAAACAGCAAAUUUAAUAGCCCAGUCUUCGUCCAUCUAUUUCACACCAUCGUCCGAAAAGGACCUCCAACACUAUAUAUCCCAAUAUCUACAACAAAAAAAAAAACAGCUGAUUGGAAAAAUUUCCACCACCGAUAUACCAAAUUCAAUGUUAAUGGCCUCGGCGCCAUAUAUCCUUCAAACAGGUCAAAAUCAAAAUGGUCAAUUUAUAUACGCCUCCGAAUUGGACACACGAAACUUACACACGAACAUUUGAUCACCAACAAAACACCGAAAAGAUGCGACUGCGGCAAUACUCUAACAACCGAACAUAUCUUAGAUCACUUCCCAACUUCGCGAGAAUCAGAGCAUUUUUCUUUAACCAAAAAACCUUACAGACUGUUUAAAUCAUAUUAACUUAAAAAAUAUUAAUCAAAUUUACUUAUUCAUAGAACAACUUAGAUUAAUCAACCAAUUGUAAUAAUAUUAAACUUAUUUAUAAGAUAGGCGUCAAAGGCCGCUGCAGCUAGUACGCCAUACUAUGUUAGAUAUAAUAUUUUAUAAUGUGUC